AUGAGGAUCGACCGUUUUCGUACUGUCUGGGGCAUUGAGCCUGGAACCAACCUGGACAAUUGGGCCAAGUGGUUUCCAGAGCUGAAGGCGCUGGGCUACAGCGGUGUCGAAGUCAAUAUUCAUGCGCUAGAUUCGAAGCGAGAAAUUUCACGACUGCGACAGAUUUGCGAUGGCUUGGGUUUCGAUAUCAGCGUCCUGGGCCACUCUUCUUGGGUUGAUUACCUAGGUCCCCGUCCAGUCGGUCUAAAAGCAAGCGAUCACUUAAAAGCUUACCGAGAUGUCCUCCUGCUGGCUGAGCCGCUCCGACCUGUGUCCUUCAACUUCCAAUCUGGAGAAGAUGCCUGGGAGAUUGAGGAAUCCAUCAGAUUUUACCGCGGUACCCUCGAAGUUGACACCGAACUUGGUGUGUCCGGUCGUGUCUACCACGAGACUCAUCGUAAUCGAUCAAUGUUCACACCAUAUGCAGCCCAACAGAUCUUGAAAGCUGUGCCACAGCUACGCAUCACUGCCGAUUUAUCACACUGGAUGGUUGGUCUAGAACGGCUCCUUGAUAUUGGCGAAGGUGAUCGCGCUAUGAUGGAUUCCAUCAUUCCACACGUUUACCAUAUUCACACUAGAAUCGGAACAACCCAGGCUUCUCAGUGCCCUGAACCUAUGAAUCCCGUAUUUGAGCAAGAGAGAUUAUGCUUUGAGAGGCUAUGGACAAAAGUCCUCCAGUGUCGGAUUGAAGAUAAUCCAGAUUCGAAGAUCAUAUUUGUUCCGGAAUAUGGCCCCUUCCCGUACCACCCUAUCGGUAGCGCAAAGUCCCACGGCCAGGUUGCAGACGAGGAAGGUAAACGCGUGCAUGUCGCUUUCACGCAAUUCGCAGCAAAUCUCACAGGAGCAUAA